AUGUUAGAAAGUGAUCUUAUCGACACAAGUGCCACUGAUCUUUCCCCAAGGCAACAGCUUAAGGAGUUGAAAAGGGAGGAGAAGGAGAAGGAAGACAUGAUGUCAGUUUUUAAGAAGAACCCGUAUUCCUGGAGUAAGUCGACUGGAGGACAAAACAUCUCGUCAUCAGUGACACUUCUGUCCAUAAACUCAAAGGAGUCUGGAAACAGCACAAAGCAAGAAGUAAAGCUGGAUAUGCCAUUCAUACCGUUUCAAGCGAGUGGUAAGCAAGACAGCAGGCCAUCAGACGAUACGACAGAAAGCCCUAGUACGGAGGAAGAUCCUACCAACGGCACUACUAUGGCGUACCACGCCUUCGAUGUUACAGCCGACAACGUCAUCCCUGUUGUUAGUAUGAACUGGUGGGAUAUAGAAGCUACAUUUCACGUCUACAUCUCUUACGGAUAUCCCCCGACAGAAGAAAAGUAUGGCCAGAAAAUAGUUAUUAAGGAAGACGGGUAUGAGGCCUGGCUCAGGGGAACAAAUUUCUCUACAUCCUUCAUUCCCAACACGACUGACCAUAGCGGAGUUCUGUUUGUAGGAGUACAGAAGUUAGAGCCGGUGAACUCAGCCCACGGUCAUCAACAACAGCCUACUGUGCAGGCACUGAGAAAGAGGGACUACAUACUGUCAAUGCUAUCUGUAGGCUGUUCGUCUUGGAAGGACAGUAAGAAACAAUGGAGCCUGGAGUACUGUGGCGCUGACAUUGAUAUGGACAAUGGAGCCAUCAGCUGCCGAUGUCACAUGACUGAGGGGAAGGUCUCUGUGGGGACCAUGACUCUUCCUCUUCCCAACUCCAUCAACUUCAUCAACGCUUUCAGGAACUUCCGCAAUCUGAGCGAAAACUCAGUAGUGUUCUCCAUCGUGGUGUCCGAGUACAUCCUGUACAUCUUACUCAUGGUUUUCCUGUGCGUGGACUUUCACAGACUAUGGAGUGCUCGUCGAAUAAUCCCCAUCUCUGGAGAGUGUGGAGGAGCGAACAGCAAUGGGAAGCCUCUGUCCAAAGUGAGUCUGGUUCCUCCAGACAGGAUGCCUGCACCACACGUCUAUCAGAUCACGGUCACCACCGGGUCCAUGUUCAGCGCAGGGACCACGUCACGUGUCGGCUUCCAACUGUACGGGUCAGAGGGCACAUCUCCAGUCAAGAUGCUGAACCCGGAAGGAGAGGCAUUGGUGCGAGGAAGUACUUUGCACUUUGUCAUGCCCGUACGAGAGUCACUUGGAGAAGUGAUGUUGUUGCACAUCUGGCACGAUAACUCUGGGGAAGGCGACAAUUCAUCGUGGUUCCUCGGAAGUUUUGUCGUCAGAGAUGUAGAGAAGGAUGUGGUGUGUUACUUGACUUGUAACGACUGGUUAUCAACAGAAAAGGGGGAUGGCGAGGUGCAGAAGGUUGUUCACGCUAGCACCGAGGAGGAGCUGACAUCCUUUACCAAUGUCUUCAUUGAGGCAACCAGAGAUGUGUUCUACGAUAAACAGCUGUGGGCGUCUGCCCUUGUAGCAACUCCGGGAUCCAGCUUCACCAAAGCCCAGCGUCUGUCCUGCUGCUUUACCCUCCUGAACACCAUGAUGCUGGCCAGUGCCAUGUGGUACAGGCAAGAAAACACAACUGCUGACACAAGGGUGUUCAACCUGGGUUUCGUCCGGUUCACCAUACAGAAUACUAGAUAUUUUCGGAAAUGUGUCUUCCGCGUGGCCAAGUACGUGGCGUGGUUGACCGUGUUCCUGGUGUCCACCAGCUCCGCGUUCUUCGUCAUCCUGUACAGUAUGGACUGGGGCAAGGAGAAGAGCGACUCCUGGAUGAAGGCCUUUAUAAUGUCCUUCAUGGGUUCCAGCUGUGUGGUGGACACUCUUCAGAUCUUUGUGCUUGCUGUGGUCAUGGCGUCCAUCUUUAGUCUCCAGUUCCUCGCCAAGCCGCCGACUAUUCGGAAGGAAGACCUGCAGCUGGACCUGUGGAACUCAACAGCACCAAAGAAAGUCUACCCACCCACUAAGCCUAAUAUGCAGUCUGCUAGGAGGAAGAAGCUGAGUGAGAAGUCAGCCUCGGUACUGAAGGAGUUUCUUCUUCUGUUCAUCUUCGUGGUCCUCCUCUUCUACAUCGCCCAGGUGGACAAAGACCAACAUGCCUUUUACGAGACACAGACAUUGUCUCGCAAUAUUCUGCAAGAAUAUGACGCGAUCAGAACUCCGGACCAGUUUUACGUGUGGGCUGAGGACGUCCUGCUGUGGACUCUUUACCCGGCUACCUGGUACAACGGAAGGGACAUGAAGUACUUAGACCGGCAGUUUGCACACAACACGGGAUCCUUCCGCCUCGGUCCUCCACGUCUGACUCAAGUUCGACAUCUUCCAGAUGCCAUGGCACGGAAUGCUAUUCAUGACCUCGGCUGGAACUUGGACUUGGGGAAUGUUUCUGGUAACUGCUGGCGAUUCGAGGUUAAGGACUUGUUAGCUCGUACAAACGACACCUUCCACUGCAAGAAUCACCACUCGUUUGACGUGCCUUUAGGCCAUGACUCCGCCGUGUCAUUCUUUGGCAUCUUGAGACAAAACGAGUUUAUCGACAAGUACACAAAAUCCGUGACAAUCUCAGUAAACGUCUACAAUCCCAGCCGUAAGCUGUUCAGCACUGUGAAAAUGGUCAUAGACCGUUCUGGAGUCGGGCAUCUCGUGCCAACGGCAACAAUCGCUUCAUUCAGACUGUUUCAGUACGAAAGUGAUACUGACUUUGUGACCUUGUUCAUGCACAUUUUAUUUGCAUUGCUGUUCUUCCUUAUGCUAUAUAACGAAAUCAAAGCAAUGAGAAACAUGGGAUGGAAAUGCUUCACUUGUAAAUGGAACGCCCUCGGUUGCGUUAGCCUCAUCGGCACAGCAACAGCCAUCUCCAUCUUUAUCAAGCGGUAUGUGGUGGCAUCUGAAACACUCGGAAUCGUCGCUGGAAGUAAAGGUGAGAUGGGAUUUGGGCGCUUUGUUGACCUGCAAAUUGCUGCAUAUUGGGAUGAUUGUUUGAAGCACAUCUUGGGUCUUGUAGUCUUCAUCAACACCGUGUCCUUACUUCGCGUCGUCCGCUUUAGUCAAACGAUCGGCAAACUCCUGGCCCUGCCCGGUAUCAUGAAGGGAGAGCUGAUGUCUUUCUUGGUUGUUGCUGCCGUAGCCUUUACGGCCUUCGUAAGUUCAGGACAUCUCAUAUUUGGCAGCCAAAUGGCAUCUUAUACAGACCUGCAACACACAACUUUGGCACUGUUCGAGAUGAUGCUCGGCAGAUUCUUCGCCGAAGACAUGUUGGAUUCCAAUCCUCUGAUCGGGCCGAUCUUCUUCUCCACCUUCAUGAUCUGCAUCUUCAUCCUCCUGGUGAACUUCCUCAUGACCAUCAUCUGUGACGCCAUUUCCGCUGACGUUGACGUCAACCAUGACCGUGAACUUGCCGAUCACAUGUGGAGGAGCUUCUGGGCUAUGCUGGGGUUUCACAGCACACCGGAUAAGGAGGAUAAACCAGAUGUUUUGAAGAUGGAAGAGGUGAAGGCAAAAAUAUGCAUCAUUCGGAAGAAGCUAGAUGAAGGUCUGGACAUUUGCAACUCCAUCCUGCCUCCACAUCGACAGGAAAAACACCCGAAGAGCCAAGACGUGCCCAGCUUCUUGCACCUUGACCCUUGUAACACGUCUUGCCAAAUCAUUCGCGAAGAACGUAAGUUAGCAACGAUUGUCGAAGAAAAUCAAGAUACCACCAAAGGCAUGGAGGUCGCUCGACCACCAGUUGAUGCUAACGUAAAUACAGCGGAUGUAAGGAUGCGGACCAAGCGAAUUGAGGGCAUCAUUUCAAGGGUAGAUCGCGUUACAGCCAAACACAGUGAUCAGAAGGUGCCUCGGCCUAUUCUGGUUGCAACAGCUCCACGUGAGAAGCAAACUCUGACAUCUGCCACACAUGCUGGUGAACGGCUGCAGCAAUCUUCACGGAACAUGUGGAUCCCCGAUCUAAAGCUUACCACUGAAGACAAGGCUGUACUCCUUUGUGAUGAGAUGCUGACAGACAAACACAUCCAUGCCGCACAGAUGUUACUCCGCCGUCAGUAUCCAGGGCUGGGAGGACUACAAGAUACGGCAGUAGGAGCGUCCGUGUACGGAUAUACACGGGUCUCCGGAGACGGUCUACAGAUUCACCACACCGGAUCCCUCCACUGGGUGGUUUCAUCCUCCAUAGGUGGACAUGUCAGCCUUUAUAACAGCAUGCCCGGUAAAUUAAAUGCAUCGCUGGAGUAUCAGUUGUGUCAGUGUUACGCGCCACCCCCCAACAUGGGCACAGGCGUACUGACUGUGAAAGUACCAUGUGUACAGCAGCAGGAUAGCAGGUAUAGCUGCGGACUGUUUGGCAUAGCCUGGGCUGUAGACAUCGCGAUGGGGACGGAUGUGACUCAGGUCAGGUACAAGGAGAGCAGGAUGAGAGUCCAUCUCCGGGACUGCUUCGAACGCGGUCACCUGUCUCCCUUCCCACAGUCCCUUUCUUUCACCAGUCUGCGACCCAGUACCGUUCACCGGAUUACUCUAACUUCAGCCGCUACCGGUAAACAUGCCGAUUCAAAAAGCCUGCAGGACUGAUCAUUCAUGUAUGUGAGAAAUGUCACCAACCGCU